AUGCGAGGGGAGGCUGGUCUUGGGGAAUUUCGGCGAUCUGAAGAAACACUGACAAGGAGCGAUCUGCAGUUGGGCAGGGGCAGACGUGAUCAGAGGGAUGCUCAUGAGAUAACGUUAGUUAUGAAUCACUGA